AUGGGCAACGUCUUCGACGCCCGCGAUAUCCUCGCCUUCCCCGGCGGCAGCAACUCCUCCGACACCCUCGUUGCCGGCGUCCACUUCAACCUCACGGCCCUCGACUUCUGGAACUACACGCUCUUCAGCAACGGCACGCUGUCCAACGGCUCGAGCUGUUUCCUGACGUUUGCGCCCUACACGCCAAAGCUCCUCUUCCCCAAUGGCACCUUUAUCAACUCGACGUCGUGCUACUCGCCCAUCAACCCCAUUGGCACGCGCGCCAAGAUCGGCAUCGGCUUUGCCGUCGGCUAUGCGGUGGCCCUCUUCUUCGUCAUGAUGAACCUGCGCAAGCACGGCCGCCUGUUUCUGCCGUCCGAGAAGCGCUUCCGGCCCAUCGGCCGCCGCUGGCAGUGGUACUGGGGCAUCCUCAUCUGCGUGGCCGCCUUCGUCUCCCUCUUCACAAACAUCGACGUGGACCGCUACUACCUGCCGGAGCUGCCCAUUGUCCUGACCUCCUUCUUCUGGUAUCUGCUGCAGAUGUGCACCAUGGCCCUCGUCUGGGAGGCCGUGCGCCACUGGGGCUCGUGGAUGGAGCGCCAGUUCAUCGACCCCAACCCCUUUGCGCUCGGCGAGGACGGCCGCCGCUACAAGUUCGAGCUGCUCAUCCCGCUGGUCUUCUACCUGUUCCUGUGGCUCAACUUCUUCCUCGUCGUCCCGCGCGCCUGGGGCAACAUUGAGAAGCAGCGCAGCCCCGACCAGAUCGUCGGCAUCGCCGAGCCCAACGCCACCGACAUCCGCUUCAAGAUUGCCGCCUUCUUGCUGCUGGCCUCCUGGAUCGUCACCGUCGUGUCCCUGCGCCACUCCAUCAAGCACUACCUGCCGCGCAACCGCGGCAUCUUCAACCGCGCCGUCGGCGUCGUGUCGAGCGCGCCGCCGCGUCUGGUGAUCCUGCUCGUCCUGUCGCUCGCCAUGAUUGCCUACCAGGCUCUCUGCGCCUGGGAGUUCCAGUGGUCCGUCCUCAAGGUCGACGGCGACCACCUCCCCAUCUACCUGGGCGGCUACACCCCGCCCCUGCUCAUCCUCUUCAUCCAGAACCUGUACGGGUUCAUCGCCCCCAACGAGGACCGCGAACUCAUCCGCCAGCGCCGGCUGCGCGGCGCCGAGCAAGACCGCGAGCUCGGCAUCGUGCACAAGCCCGCCUGGUGGCGCCGCGUCAACGGCGACUACAUCCCCGACGGCGAGAGCAUGCGCGACCGCAUCGCCCGCAACGUCCGCGAAGUCGGCGGCGGCCGCGCCACCACCCGCGGCAUCGACCAGGCCAUGGCCAACCGCGACCACGACAUGGAGGCCGCCCAGCGCGCCGCCGCCGCCAAUGGCGAGUCGGUCGAGAUGGGCCCCAUCUCGCGCCAGAGCACGGCCGCCUCCUCCUUGUAUGGCGGCAGCAGCAGCCGUCCUGGGCCCGGCGCCGGCUCCUCGCGGCCGGCGCAGUUAGAGACGUACGCGGGCAAGUCGGACCGCCGCCGCACCGAGCGCACCAUGGCCGCCGUGGCCAGCAUGCUCUUCCCCGGCGAGGGCGGUCCGACGCCCGAUGAGCGCCGCUCCGAGCUGAUGCAGGAGGGUCCGCCACCGUAUGCCGAUGCCGCCGCCGAGAGCGCGCGUGGCCGGACUCGGCAGCAGUCAGCGGCCAGCGCACCAGGCGCGUCGACGCGCAGCACCUCGGCGGGCACGCUGGUGUCGCUGUCGGGACAGCCGCAGCAAGUGCGGAGCAUGCUUGACAUUUGA